AUGGCCGCCUCCUCUUACUGGACUCCUUCGCCUCUCUCCGCUUCCAUGUAGGUUGAGUUAGUUUGUCUCUGUCCACACCGAGAAGUUUGGUCGUCCCGUACCCGGUCAGUGUCCUGCGGAGCUCGGCAUGGGCACCGUCCACGCCCGGAGCCUGGACCCUCUGCCCAUGAGAGGGCCAGAGUUUGGGGUUCAGGCAGACGACAUCGAGGCUCCAGAUAUUGAACAGGAGCCCAAACAAGAAGUUCUUGAAAACAAGGAUGUUGUGGUUCAACAAGUGCACAUAGAUGGACUCGGAAGAACCAAGGAGGACCUGUUGACUUAUGAAAUCAAAGAAGUUUUCAGGGCAAAAAACUUGAUUGAUGUGAUGCGAAGGUCUCAUGAAGCCCGACAGAAGCUUCUGCGUCUUGGUAUCUUCCGAAAAGUCGAAGUGGUUAUUGACACAUCACGAGGUGAGGACGCUCUUCCGAAUGGCCUUGACGUGACCUUCGAGGUCACGGAGCUGAGACGAAUGACGGGCAGCUACAACACGAUGGUCGGAAACAAUGAAGGAAGCAUGGUACUGGGCCUGAAGUUACCUAAUGUAUUUGGCCGUGCAGAGAAACUGACCUUCCAGUUCUCUUAUGGCACCAAAGAGACGUCCUACGGCCUGUCCUUGUUCAAACCUCAACCAGGACACUUUGAACGCAAUAUCUCAAUCAACAUGUACAAAGUAACUGGUCAGUUUCCAUGGAGUUCACUGAGGGAGACGGAUCGAGGCGUCUCUGCAGAAAUCAGUUUCCCCGUGUGGAAGACCAGCCAGACACUAAAGUGGGAGGGAGUUUGGAGAGAGCUGGGCUGUCUGGCUCGCACUGCCUCGUUUGCUAUUCGGGAGGAGAGUGGCCAUUCCCUCAAAUCCUCACUCUCGCAUUCUAUGGUCAUUGACAGCAGAAAUUCCUCCAUCCUUCCCAGGAAAGGGGGCCUGUUGAAGAUCCAUCAGGAACUUGCUGGUUUCACUGGGGGAGAUGCUAGUUUCCUGAAGGAGGACUUUGAGAUCCAGCUCAACAAAACACUCUUCUGGGACUCGGUCCUCUCGGCCUCAUUGUGGGGCGGUCUGCUCCUACCCAUUGGUGAGAGGCCAACAAGCAUCGCCGACAGGUUCUAUCUCGGUGGCCCCACCAGUAUAAGGGGGUUCAGCAUGUACAGCAUGGGCCCACAGAGCGAAGGUGACUACCUUGGAGGAGAGGGCUACUGGGCUGGAGGUCUCCACCUCUACACCCCUCUACCCUUCAGACCGGGCCGGGGCGGAUUUGGUGACCUCUUCAGAACACACUUCUUCCUCAAUGCCGGAAACCUUUGUAAUCUCAACUAUGGUGAGGGUCCAUAUGCACAUUUGAAGAAACUGGCUGAAUGCCUCCGUUGGUCAUAUGGAGUGGGCCUUGUGCUGCGUUUGGGGAACAUUGCCAGGCUGGAGCUGAAUUACUGCAUUCCCAUGGGAGUCCAGAGUGGAGACAGGAUAUGUGAUGGAGUCCAGUUUGGAGCAGGCAUCAGAUUCCUGUGAAACCACAUUUGUUGUAUCUGGAGCUACUUAUGCUAGAAACAUUUUUUGGAAGGAGAAAUUGCUUGUACAGAACUGUUGUUGCAACUCAUUUGCUCAGUAAAAUUGUUUGCACUGACA